CCGGGUCAUGGUUCUUGUUCGAAGCUUAGUGCACUUUACAUUUUUAUACUCUCAAACGCUGGCAACAUUGCUUGACGUUGACAUAUUCGAGAUUAUGCGCAUAUUGACAAACCGAAAAAAGCACAAGUCACCACAUAAAAAUAAAAAUUCCACAAGAAAAAAAUAGAGAAUCCGCUACUAUAAAUACAAAUAAUUCAUUUUCCAACGAUCCAAUAAACAGUGUACAGUUGCGGCCAACAGUUAUUUAGUGUGCAGUAUCCUUGAAUCGCCAAACAAACCAUUGAUUUGGACAAAAUGUCCGGGGCUACCUUAUUCGAACGACCAGGGUCCGAGUUGUUUAAACACAAAGAAAACGACGAGAAUGACGAAAGAAACAUCCAGAACAAGGAGCAGGACAUCCUCAACCUCGGCGAAAAGUACAAGAACGAGGGCAAGGCCAAAGAACUGGCCGAUUUGAUCAAACAAACGCGCCCCUUUCUGAGCGAAAUCAGCAAAGCGAAAGCGGCAAAACUCGUCCGAUCUCUCAUCGAUUUCUAUUUGGAUCUUGAAGCUGGCACCGGUCUAGAAGUACAACUCUGUAAAGAAUGCAUCGAGUGGGCCAAAGAAGAAAAACGAACCUUUCUUCGCCAGUCUUUGGAAGCCAGGUUAGUUGCACUGUAUUUCGACACUGGCAUGUUCAGUGAAGCCCUACAGCUUGGUUCUACUUUACUGUGGGAGCUGAAGAAGUUGGACGACAAAAAUUUACUUGUAGAAGUGCAGCUACUAGAAAGUAAAAUUUAUCAUGCAUUGAGUAAUCUUCCUAAAGCCAGAGCCGCUUUGACUUCAGCCCGUACAACUGCCAACACAAUUUAUUGUCCCCCAAAAAUCCAAGCCUCUUUAGAUCUUCAAUCAGGUAUAUUACACGCAGCAGAUGAGAAAGAUUUCAAAACAGCUUAUUCAUACUUUUAUGAGGCAUUUGAAGGUUUCGACAGUGUAGAAUCAUCAAAAGCACUAACAGCCUUGAAAUAUAUGCUUUUAUCAAAAAUUAUGCUAAAUCAUUCUGAAGAUGUUCAGCAAAUUGUCAGCGAAAAAUUGGCCAUCAAAUACGCAGGCAGGGAUAUUGAUGCAAUGAAAGCUGUGGCUCAAGCUUCCCAUAAAAGAUCUUUGGCUGAUUUCCAAGUGGCACUCAAACAAUACAAAGCAGAACUCGAAGACGACGUCAUAGUUAGGGCUCAUUUGGACACUUUAUAUGAUAACAUGUUGGAACAAAACCUACUGAGAAUUAUAGAGCCUUACAGUAGAGUCCAAGUUGAUUAUAUAGCAAAGGCUAUAAAACUGUCCAUGGCACAAGUUGAACAAAAAUUGUCACAAAUUAUCUUAGAUGGGAAAUUUGAUGGGAUUUUGGAUCAAGGCGAAGGUGUUCUAAUUGUGUUUGACGAAGCCCCAGUAGAUAAAUCAUAUGAAAUGGCAUUAGAAACUAUUCACAAUAUGAGCAAAGUUGUAGAUACGCUUUAUCAAAAAGCUAAAAAGCUAUUAUAGAUUUAAUUUGAUUUUUUAAAAAAUAUUGUAUCGAUUAUUAUUAACAAUCUUUUGAAAAUAUAUUUUUGCUCAGACCCAGACUUCCUUCUAUAAUUAAUUUUUUGGUUUUUCUAUCAGUUUUUUCAGACAGCUUUUAUUAAUAAAUAAAUGGUUUGUUUACAAAUAAAUACCUAACAAUUUUGUAGGAGGUUUUUUCAUUCAUUACUGUAAUUAAUGUAUUUGUUUAAUUCGCAUAAUAAAAUAACUAAUUUGAAGAAUGUUUUGGUGUGUUAUUUAGCCCUGGAUUGCAAACUUCCUGAUGCUAUAUUUUUUUUUGUGGUUCUAGAUGUAUAGGUAUAAAUUCAAGAUAUUUUAAAGCUUUUGAUUCUGAGCCUUAGAGCUUUAGACUCAUUUGAAAAUUUUAAAUUAUAAUGGAGAUUCAAGAAGUCAAAGUUUUAAAGGAUUCUAAAGACACUGAAAAAUCUAGAUUCUCAGAGAUUUCAAUUGAAGAACUGGAAAAAUUUCAAGGAUCUUCAACAGACCUUGGAAGACU